UAAAACAGCAACAAUGGGAGACUCUGAAAUGGCGGUGUUUGGCGAAGCCGCCCAGUUCCUCCGUAAAACUGAUAAAGAAAGAAUUGAGGCCCAGAAUCUGCCAUUUGAUGCGAAAACAGCAUGCUACGUGUUCGACGAGAAGGACCUGUACGUCAAAGGUACAAUCAAGAGCAAGGAAGGUGGCAAAGUUACAGUGGAGACGUUACUGGACAAACGGACGGUCACAGUUAAAGAAGAUCAAAUCUGGCCAAUUAAUCCUCCAAAAUUCGAUAAAAUUGAAGACAUGGUGGUCAUGACUCACCUGAAUGAAGCAACUGUGCUGUAUAACCUCAAAGAGCGUUACUCAGCCUGGAUGAUCUAUACCUACUCUGGGCUCUUCUGUGUCACCGUGAAUCCCUACAAGUGGUUGCCAGUGUACAACACCGAGGUAGUGAAUGGUUACAGAGGAAAGAAACGUCAGGAAGCUCCUCCACAUAUCUUCUCCAUCUCUGACAACGCCUAUCAGUUCAUGUUAACUGAUCGUGAAAACCAGUCCGUCUUGAUCACCGGAGAAUCUGGUGCGGGGAAGACUGUCAACACGAAACGUGUCAUCCAGUACUUUGCAACAAUUGCAGUGACUGGCGACGCAAAGAAAAAAGAGGCGGCAGCUGGAAAGAUAAAGGGAAAUCUGGAGGAUCAAAUCAUCCAGGCUAACCCAUUGCUGGAAGCUUUUGGUAAUGCCAAGACUGUGAGAAAUGACAACUCGUCUCGUUUCGGUAAAUUCAUCCGUAUUCACUUUGGAACAACGGGAAAACUGUCUUCCGCAGAUAUUGAAACCUAUCUGCUGGAAAAGUCCAGAGUAACCUUCCAGCUGAAAGCUGAAAGAAGUUAUCACAUUUUCUACCAAAUGAUGACUAAUCACAAACCCGAGAUUGUUGAAAUGUGCCUCAUUACCACCAAUCCCUACGAUUUUCACUUUAUCAGCCAGGGUGAGAUUUCUGUCAAGAGUAUUGAUGAUAUAGAGGAGCUGAUGGCUACUGAUAGCGCCAUUGAUAUCCUGGGCUUCAACUCUGAUGAGAAAAACGGUAUUUACAAAUUGACAGGUGCAGUCAUGCACUUUGGUAACUUGAAAUUCAAGCAGAAACAGCGUGAGGAGCAGGCUGAACCCGAUGGCACUGAAGUUGCCGAUAAAAUUGCUUACCUCACAGGCCUGAACUCCGCAGAUUUGCUCAAAGCUUUGUGCUACCCAAGAGUGAAGGUCGGCAAUGAGUUUGUGACCAAAGGUCAAACUGUCCCUCAGGUGUACAACUCCGUUGGAGCCCUUGCAAAAUCAAUCUUUGAGAAAAUGUUCUUGUGGAUGGUGAUACGCAUCAACCAGCAACUGGACACAAAACAGGCCAGACAGCAUUUCAUUGGUGUCCUGGACAUUGCCGGAUUUGAAAUUUUUGAUUACAACAGCUUGGAACAGCUGUGCAUCAACUUCACCAACGAGAAACUGCAACAGUUUUUCAACCAUCACAUGUUCGUCCUGGAGCAAGAGGAAUACAAGAAGGAAGGAAUUGAGUGGGAAUUCAUUGACUUUGGUAUGGAUCUGGCUGCCUGCAUUGAGCUUAUUGAAAAGCCCAUGGGUAUCUUCUCCAUCCUGGAAGAGGAGUGUAUGUUCCCCAAGUCUUCAGACGUAUCAUUCAAGAACAAGCUGUAUGACCAGCAUCUUGGCAAAUCAAACAACUUCCAAAAACCCAAGCCUGUCAAAGGAAAGCCUGAAGCUCACUUCUCCCUGGGUCAUUAUGCUGGUAUUGUGGAUUACAACAUCACUGGCUGGCUGGAAAAAAAUAAGGAUCCACUGAAUGAAACUGUAAUUGGAUUGUUCCAGAAAUCUUCAGUGAAGCUUUUAGUUGUUCUCUAUGCCGUAACAGCAGAAGAAAAUGCCCCAAAGAAAGCAGGCAAGAAGAAGGGUGGUUCCUUCCAGACUGUAUCUGCUCUUUUCAGGGAAAACUUGGGGAAAUUGAUGGCUAACCUGAGAACAACACAUCCACAUUUUGUACGUUGUUUGAUCCCCAAUGAGACAAAAACACCAGGUGCUAUGGAUAAUCACCUUGUCAUACACCAGUUGAGGUGUAAUGGUGUGCUUGAAGGUAUCAGAAUCUGCAGAAAGGGAUUCCCGAGCAGAAUCCUCUAUGCUGACUUCAAGCAAAGAUACAGGGUUCUUAAUGCAAGUGCCAUCCCUGAAGGUCAGUUCAUUGACAGCAAGAAGGCCAGUGAGAAGCUGCUGGGAUCCAUUGAUGUUGAUCACACCCAGUAUAAAUUUGGACACACGAAGGUGUUCUUCAAAGCUGGUCUGCUGGGUACCCUUGAAGAGAUGAGGGACGACAAAUUAGCUCAACUCAUUACCCGUACACAAGCAUUGUGUCGUGGUUUCUUAAUGAGAGUCGAGUUUACGAAGAUGAUGGAAAGGAGGGAGUCUAUCUUCUCUAUCCAGUAUAAUAUCCGUUCAUUCAUGAAUGUCAAACAUUGGCCAUGGAUGCUUCUGUACUUCAAGAUCAAACCUCUUCUGAAGAGUGCAGAAACUGAAAAGGAAAUGGCAAAUAUGAAAGAGGAGUUUGAGAAGACAAAGGAAGCAUUUGCUAAAUCAGAAGCAAGAAGGAAGGAACUUGAGGAGAAAAUGGUGUCACUCGUGCAGGAAAAGAAUGAUCUUAUGGUCCAAGUCCAAUCGGAAGGUGAAACUCUAGCGGAUGCUGAAGAGCGAUGCGAGGGGCUCAUUAAAAACAAAAUUCAACUGGAAGCUAAAAUGAAAGAAUUGAAUGAGAGAUUGGAGGAUGAAGAGGAGAUGAAUGCUGAACUCACAGCUAAGAAGAGAAAACUGGAAGAUGAAUGCUCAGAACUGAAGAAAGAUAUCGAUGACUUAGAGCUGACAUUAGCUAAGGUUGAAAAGGAGAAGCAUGCCACAGAAAACAAGGUUAAAAAUCUGACUGAAGAAAUGGCUUCCCUUGACGAAAAUAUUGCCAAGUUGACAAAAGAAAAGAAAGCCUUGCAGGAGGCCCAUCAACAAACUUUGGACGACCUCCAGGUUGAGGAAGACAAAGUCAACACUCUGACUAAAACAAAGACUAAACUGGAACAGCAAGUCGAUGAUCUUGAAGGUUCUCUGGAACAAGAGAAGAAGCUUCGCAUGGACCUUGAGCGGGCCAAGAGGAAGCUUGAAGGAGACUUAAAGCUGACACAGGAGGGGCUAAUGGAUUUGGAGAAUGAUAAGCAGCAAAUGGAUGAAAAACUGAAGAAGAAGGAAUUUGAAAUCAGCCAACUUCAAAGCAAAGUUGAAGAUGAGCAGGCACUGGGUUCACAGCUGCAGAAAAAGAUCAAAGAAUUACAGGCUCGUAUUGAAGAACUGGAGGAGGAAAUUGAAGCUGAACGUGCAGCUCGUGCUAAGGCAGAGAAGCAGAGAACUGAUCUUUCUCGUGAACUGGAGGAAAUCAGUGAAAGGCUUGAAGAAGCCGGUGGUGCAACUGCCGCACAGAUUGAGAUGAACAAGAAACGGGAAGCAGAAUUCCAGAAAAUGCGCCGUGAUCUGGAAGAAGCCACACUGCAGCAUGAAGCCACAGCUGCUGCUCUUCGUAAGAAGCAGGCCGACAGUGUGGCAGAACUUGGAGAACAGAUCGACAACCUCCAGCGUGUGAAACAGAAGCUGGAAAAGGAAAAGAGCGAGCUGAAGAUGGAAAUCGAUGAUCUGGCCAGCAACAUGGAAACAGUAUCCAAAUCUAAGGGAAACCUUGAGAAGAUAUCUCGCACACUGGAAGACCAAGUCAAUGAACUGAAGACUAAACAUGAUGAACAUCAACGUCUGAUUAAUGACUUAUCAACUCAAAAAGCCCGCCUUGGAACAGAAAACGGUGAACUGAGUCGCCAAGUGGAGGAGAAAGAAGCCUUGGUUUCCCAGCUAACAAGAGGAAAACAAGGAUUCACUCAACAGAUAGAGGAGCUCAAGAGACAAUUAGAGGAGGAAACAAAGGCUAAGAAUGCACUGGCUCACGGCUUGCAAUCUGCUCGCCACGAUUGUGAUUUACUCCGUGAGCAAUAUGAGGAGGAACAGGAGGCAAAGGCAGAGCUUCAACGUGGCAUGUCCAAGGCCAACAGUGAGGUUGCUCAGUGGAGAACAAAGUACGAGACUGAUGCAAUCCAGCGCACUGAGGAGCUUGAAGAGGCCAAGAAGAAGCUAGCUCAACGUCUUCAGGAUGCAGAGGAGCACAUUGAGGCAGUGAACUCCAAAUGUGCUUCACUGGAAAAGACCAAACAAAGACUUCAGGGUGAAGUUGAGGAUCUGAUGAUUGAUGUUGAAAGAGCCAACUCUGCUGCAGCAGCUUUGGAUAAGAAACAGAGGAACUUUGACAAGGUUCUGGCAGAAUGGAAGCAGAAAUUUGAGGAAGGUCAGGCUGAACUGGAAGCAGCUCAGAAGGAAGCUCGUUCUCUAAGCACUGAGAUCUUCAAGAUGAAGAAUGCCUAUGAGGAAUCUCUGGACCAACUUGAAACUCUUAAACGAGAGAACAAGAACCUGCAGCAGGAGAUCUCUGAUCUGACUGAACAGAUCGCUGAAACUGGCAAGAGUCUUCAUGAGCUAGAAAAGGCCAAGAAGACAGCAGAGCAAGAGAAGAGCGAAAUCCAGGCUGCUUUGGAGGAAGCUGAGGCAUCUCUGGAACAUGAAGAGAGCAAGAUCCUCCGUAUUCAACUUGAAUUGAACCAAGUGAAGUCUGAAGUUGACAGAAAAAUUGCAGAAAAGGAUGAGGAAAUUGAUCAGCUGAAGAGGAAUAACCAGAGGGUUGUGGAUACCAUGCAAAGCACCUUGGAAUCUGAAGUCAGGAGCAGGAAUGAUGCUCUAAGAAUCAAAAAGAAGAUGGAGGGAGAUCUGAAUGAAAUGGAGAUUCAGUUAGGCCAUGCCAAUCGCCAGGCUACAGAGGCUCAGAAACAUCUCAGAAACCUGCAGGGUCAACUCAAGGAUACCCAGUUGCAGCUGGAUGAUGCUUGCAGAGGCCAGGAGGACAUGAAAGAACAACUGGCCAUGGUUGAGCGCAGAAGCAGCUUGCAAAUGGCUGAGAUUGAGGAAAUGAGAGCUGCUUUUGAACAGACAGAGAGAGCUCGCAAGGUUGCUGAGCAAGAACUCCUGGACACAAGUGAGAGAGUACAACUCCUGCACUCUCAGAACACAAGUCUCAUCAAUACAAAGAAGAAGCUUGAGAGUGACGUGACUCACCUCCAGAGUGAAGUUGAAGAAACAAUUCAGGAAGCAAGAAACGCUGAAGAGAAGGCAAAGAAGGCAAUCACUGAUGCCGCCAUGAUGGCAGAAGAACUCAAAAAGGAACAGGAUACCAGUGCUCACCUUGAGAGAAUGAAGAAGAACCUAGAGGUGACAGUCAAGGAUCUGCAGCACCGACUGGAUGAGGCUGAGCAGCUGGCAAUGAAAGGUGGAAAGAAACAGCUUCAGAAACUGGAAGCUAGGGUACAUGAGCUGGAGAAUGAACUGGAGGCUGAGCAGAAGCGCAGCAUGGAUUCCCUUAAAGGUGUCCGCAAAUAUGAAAGGAGAAUCAAGGAGGUAUCCUACCAGUCAGAGGAAGACAGAAAGAAUGUGUUGAGACUCCAAGACUUGGUUGACAAACUGCAGCUGAAGGUCAAGGCCUACAAAAGACAGUCUGAGGAGGCUGAGGAACAGGCCAACAUUCACCUGAGCAAGUUCAGGAAGGUGCAGCACGAGUUGGAGGAGUCUGAGGAACGUGCUGAUAUCGCAGAGUCCCAGGUCAACAAACUGAGGGCAAAAACCCGCGACAUCAGCUCCAAGUCAGCCGAAGAGUAGAUGAAAAGAUGAAACGGUCCAGAUGAGAAAUUCACAAAAUGUGCAUUUCUUUGUAACAUAGUUUAGCAAGGUAUUUCAAAGUUUAGAUCUGUGCAUAGGAAUAAAACUGCAACUCCUAAAAAA